UGCAGCACGAGGAGCACCCGCAGAGGGACUUUUAGUGUUAUCUCCAGCAUUACAUGAGGGACCUUGGCAUGAGGGCACAAAUAUGAAUGGAGUAGUGGAAUAACUCUUUCUUUAUGCCUGCACAUGGACAUCUGUGGAUUUUUACUAUCUUUACGUGUUGGAUUACUAUCACCGCAUUCUCCACAGGCUCUCCAUUUGGGAAUAUUUAACACAACAAGGAUAUUUCCCAUGCAGGCGAGAAUCAUGUUUUACAAAAUCCUUGCAUUGAUUCUCUUACAAGGUGUGUUGAGAUGUGAGGCUUGGGUCAGUCCCGGAGCUGUCUCAGGCCACAGCACGGAGGCCACAGCGGCUCUAAGGAAGUCUGAAGCGUCGGAACCAAAGUCUAGAUCUAAACGCUGCACCUGCUAUUCCUACAAGGACAAAGAGUGCAUUUAUUACUGCCAUUUGGACAUCAUCUGGAUCAAUACGCCUGAACGCACGGUUCCCUAUGGAAUGUCAAGCUACCAAGGAGCUCAACGACUCCGACGUGCCGUUACUGGACAGCCAAGUGAGCAUGAGCAGACAAACACUCAGCGUUGCGUUUGUGCUUCCCUUGAUGCAGACCCAGAGUGCCAUCAAUUUUGUCAGCCAAGCUCCCCUCGCCUUGGACCAAACAGGAGUCUUCACAGAGUCCCAGGGCCCGGCUGACAGUUGGACACUUCCGAUUCUCCUGCUGUUUUCUUCAGGGAGCACAUCCUUUCCUUGUCUUCAGCCCCAUCAUUCUCUGUUUGGCACACUUGCUUACACAGGUACACUCAGUCAAGGAAAGAACUUUGGAGUUUAACACUGACGACAUUCCUGAGAAUCAUAACUCUUGGAGCAAGUUCCAUCAGGCCGAGUGAUUGUAACAACUCUCAGCAAAUUCGAUACAGAUCCCUGGAGGCUAUCCUUCUUUUGUUCCCUCCUCUGAGCCGCCUAAGCAUUGCUUUCACCUUGAAAAUAUCCUGUGACCUUAUGCUCGGCUCAUAUCUGCUACCAUAUUGUGGACUACUCUGAGACUCUGUGCUGUAUCAAUAUACUAAGGAUGGAUGACAUUUCUACAAAGAUGGCGGAAAACAAAUGUGCCAAGGAAGGAAAGUACCGGAGCAAGGCAAAAUGAUGAGAAAUAAAUAAUAAGGAAAUCUUAUAUAUCGCUGUGUUCUCUGAUGACCUUUUCCACAGAAAUAAUGUAAAAUAUACAAAUAAUAUGGAUUUGAAAAUGCUCUGUUUGCAAGAGGAAACUUAUGUUAUGUUAUAAUAUAUUUCAGCUUUAUUUGAAUUGGGCCAGCAAGAAAGGGGGCAGUGUACAGCUAACCAGAACUUUGAGAGAGAUGACUAGAACAAUGGUUAUGCAUAGGUUAAAUACUGAAAAGAAUGUGUAAUGCCUACAUUAUGGUAAGUAUUUAUUGGAUUUUCCCAAUUGAUAACAAUUAUAAAUGCACAUUUCCAUUACAAUUGGAUGACCUUGGGGAUUGCAGAUGAGGAUGUGGCCACAGUGUAACAAAACUGGUUUAUGAUAAUGUUUCUAAAACUCCUGGAAAGACACCAGCAAGGGCUUGUAUGUGCAAUGCUUGUUGAAUUACUGGAGGGCAUUACUUACAUGUUUCUGUCAAGAUGGACUCCCACUUUGAGGCUGGAGGAAAAUGUGUUGCCCAAGGGCUAAACGGACUGUGGUUCCAGAACUUGGAAUUCUAGGUAUCAAGCUUAUCCACCAAGGAAAAAAAUUAACAUACAGGGAAAGCGGGGUGGCUAUAUUCCCUUUAGUCUGUAGGUCUAGAAUUCCUUUCCGGACGAGUACUUCAACCCUUCCUCCACUGUGCCUUACUACUAUGGCUCCCUUGUCCACUUUUAAAAGUAGAUAAUUGACAAAGACAGAGCAAACUAUUGAUUUAUUUAUCUUCAAAUACUACAGUGCUGACAAUAGUAACUGGAUGUUGUCUUUUUUUUGUUUUUUUUUUUACCUUUUUUGUGCUCCAUAUAAUUCGGAGAAGGCGAGCGAGAAAGACAGAGAGUGAAAAGGAGCACUAGCACAACUGUUGUAGUGGGUUGGCAACCUUAUUCUGGGGUUACAGUCUUGAUGUAUAUUUAUGAUAAUUUUGCCAGAUUUCUUGCCAAGGGUCCAUAACAUUUGGAAAAGUAUUCAGUAUGCACAGAAAGUUAUAAAAAAAAAAGAAAGUAGCUGUUGGAUGUGUGUGCAUCCCUCAACAUGGCUUUGAAAGUGGCCCCAAAACAUGUAUACUGGAAUAACAUUUUAAAAA